AUGGAUAAGAGUUGGAUUGAUGUACAACAAACGGACUGGCAUAGAUAUGAAGAUGGAGUUGAUAGAUUUUUGGAUUUCGCAUUCGCCAAUAGUAUCGAUAAGACAAGGAUUUAUUGUCCUUGUAAGCUAUGUCGCAAUCGCUAUUUUAAGACUAGGGAGGAAGCGAGCGAGGAUAUAAAGGUAGAUGGAUUUUGGGAAAAAUAUAGAAUAUGGGAUAAACAUGGUGAAUCUAGGCCUGCGACUGCAUACCAAGGUACUAGGGUUAACUCUAAUGUGGCCAUCAAUGAUGAUAUGUUUGGCAUGAUUAAUGAGGCAAUUGGGGCUCCCACUGCCAAUUCUGGUUUAGGUGAUGAUUGUCCUAUAGAAAGUGAAAAUGUUGAGGGACCAAAUGACGAAUCUGCAAAAUUUCUUAAAUUGCUCCAAGAUGCAGAGUGUCCUUUAUAUCUUGGUUGCGAACAAUUUACGAAAUUGUCAUUCAUUGUUCGAUUGUUACACUUGAAAGUUUUUAGUGGAUGGACAAACAAGUCUUUUGAUUUACUACUGGAGCUUUUAAAAUCUUCUUAUCCUGAUGGAGUAAGCUUACCAGAUUCUUUUUAUAAGGCUCAAAAGCUAACUGCUGACUUGGGCUUCACAUACAAAACUUGGGAUGCAUGUCCUAAUAAUUGUAUGUUAUUCAGAAAUGAGGAUGAGAAACUUAACAAAUGUGCAAUAUGUGGGGAAUCUCGAUAUAAAGAGUUGGGGGAUGAUUCUAAUGACCAGCAGAGUGUGGGUAAAAAAGUUCCUGCUAAACAAGUGAGAUACUUUCCUUUGAAACCACGUUUACAGAGAUUGUUUAUGUCUUCUAAGACUGCUUCCUAUAUGAAAUGGCAUGCAGAGGACCGCACCAAAGAUGACGUGCUAAGGCAUCCGGCUGACAGUCUUGUGUGGAAAACACUUGAUGAAAAGUUUCCAGAUUUUUCUAGUGAUAGUCGCAAUGUUAGACUUGGGUUAGCAGCUGAUGGGUUCAACCCAUUCCGAACGAUGUCCAUAGCUCACAGCACAUGGCCUGUUGUUCUAAUACCUUAUAACUUGCCACCUUGGAUGUGCAUGAAGCAACCAUUUUUCAUUUUGUCAACGCUCAUUGAUGGCCCAAAAGGACCUAGAAAUAAGAUUGAUGUAUUUCUACAACCUUUGAUUGAAGAGCUAAAAGAAUUAUGGCAUGAAGGAGUUCUUACUUAUGAUGCCUCGACUAAUCAGAUGUUCAACUUGCGUGCGAUGUUGUUAUGGACAAUUAACGACUUUCCGGCCUAUGCAAAUUUAUCAGGUUGGAGCACUAAGGGUGCAAAAGCAUGUCCCUGUUGCAAUAAGAACACUAAAUCUAGUUGGUUGAAACAUGGAAGGAAGUAUUGUUAUAUGUGUCACCGUAGAUUCUUACCAAGGAAUCAUAAAUUUCGAAAAGAUAAAGUGUCUUUUGAUGGCAAGCAAGAAUGGGGUCGAGCACCAAAUCGAUGUUCUGGAACUGAGGUGAAAAGACAAUUGCAGAAUGUACUCACAGAGUAUAAGAAGAAAGAUCUUCGAAAGAGAAAAAGAGAAGAACUUGAGAAAAAUACAGGUCAGCAUGAACACAUUUGGAAAAAAAAGAGUAUUUUUUUUGAGCUACCAUAUUGGGAGCAUAAUUUAAUUCGUCAUAAUCUUGAUGUUAUGCAUAUUGAGAAAAAUUGUUUGGAUAAUAUACUCUGGACAUUGCUGGGAGUUCCGGGAAGAAGUAAGGAUAAUUUGAAGUCUCGCCGUGAUUUAGAAGAAUGGGGAAUUAGGCAGCCUUUACAUCCUCAACAACGGGGUUCUAAUAAAGCAUAUUUAUGUCCUGCAUGUUUUGCUAUGAAUAAGGACAAUAAGGAUAUCUUUCUACGGGUUUUAAAGAGAGUAAAACUUUCAGAUGGUUAUGCAUCUAACAUAUCUCGACGUGUGCGCUUAAAAGAACGUACUAUCUCGGGUCUUAAGAGUCAUGAUAACCAUAUAUUGAUGCAACAAUUACUUCCAAUAGUUGCACGAAGAGCACUCCCCAAGAAUGUUGUUGAAGCAUUGAUUGAGUUGGCUAAUUUUUUUAGGCAACUAUGCUCAAAAGUAAACAAACCAUCUGACUUGAAAGAUAUUCAAGAAAGAAUUGCCCUUACACUUUGUCAUCUUGAGAAGAUCUUUCCAAUGUCAUUCUUUGAUAUUAUGGAACACUUGCCUAUCCACUUAGCUGAAGAAGCGUUGAUUGCGGGGCCUGUACAAUUUAGGUGGAUGUAUCCCAUCGAGAGGUUUUUAUUUACAUUAAAAGAAUAUGUCCGUAAUCGUGCACAUCCCGAGGCCUCAAUUGCUAAAGGAUACUUGAUGGAAGAAUGCAUGACAUUUUGCUCGAGAUACUUGGAUGAAGUGGAAACAAAGUCUAGUAGACCUGAUCGAAAUUAUGAUGGUGGUACUGAUUUCGGUCGUCGUUUGGGUAAAGGAGUUAAAAUACACCUUGAUGAUGUUUCUAGGGCACAAGCACAUAAGUAUGUGUUAAUGAAUACAGAUGCAGUGACACCAUUUCGAAACCAACAUCUUAAAUUACUUGCUGAUCAGUGGCCUAACAGAAAUAAUCAUUAUAUCCAAAAACUUCACAGUGAAACAUUUCACAAAUUGUUUAAAAAUUAUGUCAUGAUAGAACGGCGAAUUCGUAAUAGGGAAUUUUCUGACGAAAUAAAUGCUUUGGCUAGAGGCCCUCAUGAAGAUGGAGACAACAAUCGUCAACCGAUUGAGGAAAGGUUCUAUGGGGUAUUAACUGAUGUGAUUCAAAUCCGCUAUACCAAUCAGUUAAAGUUUGUCUUAUUUAAGGGUGAUUGGAUUAAUAAUCGAAUGGGCCUAAAAAAAGAUGAGUUUAAAUUCACACUGGUGAAUUUUAAUCAUUUAUUAUACAAAGACAAUGUAAUAGAAGAUGAGCCUUUUAUUUUGGCAGACCAGGCAAGGCAGGUUUGUUAUGUGCAAGACCCGUCGGAUCCCAAUUGGCAUGUUGUUCUUCACAUGACGGUUAGAGAUUUGUUUGAUAUGUACUCAAAGGAUUCUUCUCGUCGUCCAACAGUAGUGCCUCAAGUUGAGUUGUAUGCCCAUCAACAAUUGGAUGAAACUAUAUAUCAGAAUGAUGAGGAGGUUAAUUGGGUGAGGGAAGGAGUGGAUGGAACAGAAGUGGAUACAAAUGACAACGACGUUGAAGUUGAAAUGGAAGAAUGA